AUGCAGUUCAUCACCAUCGUCAUUGCUACCCUGGCCGCCGUUGCCGCCGCCGUGCCCUACCCUGAUGCUUUUGAAAAGCGCACUUGUGUCGGCAACUACAAGGUUGCCUGCCAGACUAGUGGCCCUUCUUGCUGCGAUGACUGGCAAUGUGUCGGUGCCACUGAGUGGAACGAUGGUGUCUGCAUCCCUAACUACUAG